AUUCUGAAGGGCAGAAAAAAAGUAAACAAAAGUUUUUUUCUUAGAUUGGUUUUUUUUUUUUGUGCUUAGCUGUGAUUUGGCCACAGCUAAUCACAUGACAUGUGCAUUGUUACCAACCUAGUAAAGUGAAAUUUACUGACAGGGCGGCCAAAAUUUACAAACAGCUUAUAUUGUAAAGCGCUGAGCAAACUACAGGGGCGGACUGACAAAUCAUGGGGCCCCUGGGCAAUAGGGGAUCAUGGGGCCCCUGUGUCCUCGCCCACACGCAAAUCACACCCAGAAAAGCCUAUGAAAGGUACCAGGGACAUCUCAUGUGGCCCCCUACUGACCCCGGACCCUUGGGCAGAGCCCGAGUUCCCCAAUGGUCAGUCCACCCCUGGUUG